CGCGCUCCCGGCGCGAGCGGUGACGCGACGCGAGUGGGGGCCGAGCGGCGGUGGGGCUCUCGGAAAGGAGCCGAGCUUCUGGGAAGCCGCCCCCGGGAAGCCGCGUCCGCGUUGCCGGCGCUGCCUCGCUGCGGUGGCGGUGAUGCGCUCCGCCGGUGGAUACCCGCUGCCGGGAGCCGAGACCGACAAGUCGGACGCUGCCAAGCAGCAGGAGGAACAGGAGGGCUCUAAUGCCAGGACUUCCGUAAUGGUGCAUGAGGACUGACUCCCAGUACCCUGCCUGACCUCUGACCCAUCAGCAUGGGGAGGAUCGGCAUCUCCUGUCUUUUCCCUGCUUCCUGGCAUUUCAGCAUCUCUCCAGUGGGGUGCCCUCGAAUUCUGAACACCAACUUACGCCAGAUUAUUGUUGUUAGCAUUCUGGCUGCUGCUGUUUCACUUCUAUACUUUUCCGUUGUUAUAAUCCGAAAUAAGUACGGGCGGCUCUCCAGAGACAAGAAGUUUCAAAAGUACUUGGCACGAGUCACUGACAUUGAAGCUACAGACACCAACAACCCCAAUGUGAACUACGGGAUCGUGGUGGACUGUGGUAGCAGCGGGUCCCGGAUAUUUGUCUACUGCUGGCCCAGACAUAAUGGCAAUCCUCAUGAUCUGCUGGAUAUCAGACAAAUGAGGGACAAAAACCGCAAGCCUGUGGUUAUGAAAAUAAAGCCUGGCAUUUCAGAAUUUGCUACCUCUCCAGAGAAAGUCAGUGAUUACAUUUCUCCACUCUUGAACUUUGCUGCAGAGCAUGUACCACGGGCAAAGCACAAAGAAACCCCUCUCUACAUUCUCUGUACAGCUGGAAUGAGAAUCCUCCCCGAAAGCCAGCAGAAAGCCAUUCUGGAAGACCUUCUGACCGACAUCCCUGUGCACUUUGACUUUCUGUUUUCUGACUCUCAUGCAGAAGUAAUUUCAGGGAAACAAGAAGGUGUGUAUGCUUGGAUUGGCAUUAAUUUUGUCCUUGGACGAUUUGAGCAUAUUGAAGAUGAUGAUGAGGCAGUUGUAGAAGUUAACAUCCCUGGUAGUGAAAGCAGCGAAGCCAUCCUCCGGAAAAGAACAGCCGGUAUUCUCGACAUGGGAGGCGUGUCGACCCAGAUAGCAUACGAAGUCCCCAAAACUGAAGAAGUAGCUAAGAACCUGUUGGCUGAAUUUAACUUGGGAUGUGAUGUUCACCAAACUGAGCACGUGUACCGCGUCUAUGUGGCCACGUUUCUUGGGUUUGGUGGCAAUGCCGCUCGACAGAGAUACGAAGACAGACUGUUUGCCAGCACAGUUCAAAAGAACAGGCUCCUGGGGAAACAGACAGGGCUGACCCCUGAUGCUCCAUACCUGGACCCCUGCCUGCCCCUGGACAUUAAAGAUGAAAUCCAGCAGAACGGGCAGACGCUAUACCUGCGGGGCACGGGGGACUUCGACCUGUGGGGAACCAUCCAGCCUUUCAUGAACAAAACAAAUGAGACACAGACCUCCCUCAAUGGGGUCUACCAGCCCCCGAUUCACUUCCAGAACAGUGAAUUCUACGGCUUUUCCGAAUUCUACUACUGCACUGAGGACGUGCUACGGAUGGGGGGCGACUACAAUGCUGCUGCGUUUACUAGAGCCGCCAAGGAUUAUUGUGCAACAAAGUGGUCAAUCUUGCGGGAACGCUUUGACCGAGGGCUGUACGCCUCUCACGCCGACCUCCACAGGCUCAAGUAUCAGUGCUUCAAAUCCGCCUGGAUGUUUGAGGUGUUCCACAGGGGCUUCUCGUUUCCUGUCAACUACAGAAGUGAAGACGCCUUGCAAGUUUACGACAAGGAGGUUCAGUGGACGCUCGGAGCAAUCCUCUAUAGGACCCGCUUCUUACCCUUAAGAGACAUCCAGCAGGAGACAUUUCGGGCCAGCCACGCGCACUGGCGGGGCUUCUCCUUUGUGUACAAUCACUACCUGUUCUCGGGCUGCUUCCUGGUGGUCCUGCUCGCCAUCCUGCUCUACCUGCUGCGGCUGCGGCGCAUCCACAGGCGGACCCCGCGAGGUGGCUCGGCCGCCACCCUCUGGCUGGAGGAAGGCCUUCCGUCCCAGAAGAUCGCUGGCACCGUGUGAGCCACAGUCAGAGCCUCCAGAGACUCUAAAGGAAAAGCCAUUUUUGCCUCAGGGUUUCUCCUCCUCAGUCUCAUUUUUUUUUUUCUUCCCUUUCCCUUUUGUUCCUUGAAACAAAACCAAAACCCACUGUUCGUAAACCCUGCUGUUGUAGAAGUGUUGCGUUUGGCCGUUCUGUGUACAGCUUUAAAUUGAGGAGUAGGGAAGGGAAAAAUCACUUUGUUUUUGCUGCAUAGGAUAGUAGCUGCCAAAAAUUACUAAGAUUUUUGGUUUUUCUUUGAGAUAGAUUUGAUUUUAAACAGAUGCACUUUGAGGUCGGAGGGAAAUGGCAAGGCGUUUCUGUCAGUAGAAACCGAGGUGGGACCGAGGGCUGGUGCUUUCACAGAACCAAAAAAAUGCAGUGACUAAAAUGAUCCUUCUCUCUAGUUGUCUGUCUUGAAAGCUCUGACCUAGAGAUGGUGAUAGUUUAAUUUAUUGUUCAGAGCUAUUGCUGUGUGUUUUCUUUGCUGGUUUAAAAAACCAAAAACUGUUUAUAUCCACAAUAGAGAGGAAAAGGUAUCAGGAAAUAAGUUUUUAAAAUUGAUGGUAGAGACCUGAAAAAUGUGAAAUAAUGACCAGAGUGCCAUGGAGGGGGCGUGUGAGAGAAAUGCGUGUGUGUUUGUGAGAGUGUGUGAGUGUGUGUGUGUGUGUGAGAGAGAGAGAGAGAAAGUGUAACAGAGAGAGAGAGAAUGUGUGUGUGUGAAAAUUGCUGAUGGGAGAGAGUGAGGGAAUGUAGUGCUCUCACUUUUAAAAGCACACACUUCAGAAUUUCAUGUUUCAUUUUAUUUCAAAAAAUCAAUCCCCAUCGCUGUUACCUUUUCCUGACCUCAGGUAGUUACUUUCUUCAUCCCAUCUCUCAGCGGCCUUAGAACGCUGUGUUUUGAGUGAGUUGGAAAAUUCAUAGUUUCCCUGGUUUUGGUGUUAUUAGAACUAGUACUGCCACCUGCCAACAGGCACGUUCGUAAUUCUUAGUGGUUCUUUUGUGCUUGUUUAACUGUGGUCCAGUUUCUUCCAUCUCCAAGUUGGUAUCCACCCCUGCCCCCCGCCUUGUUAAUCAGAGAUGGUCUCAGCAGUUACAUUCAGAGAUCCCACUUAGUCUGACUAUGGCUAUUGAGGCAAUGUUGACAGGACCACUGUAAAUCCAGACUAAGAGAAGAAUUACAAGAAAUCAGCUCACACUUCGAAGAAAACAAAUUGAACAUUUUAAACAAAAACCUAAAAAGGACAACUGGGGUGGCAUAUGUGAGAUUGGUUGUUUUUCACCUAUUUAGUUUAGAAGCUGUGUGUGUGUGCAUGUGCGUACGCACACACACAUUGUGUGUGUCCGCAGGCUAUUUCUUAAUAACUCCAGAACCAGAUAAAUUCGUCUAGUUGGUAGCAAAUGUAUAUUUUGAGAACCAUCAGCUACUUAAAAAAAAUCACUGUUGAGAAAAAGAAUUCAGAUUCUGAAGUCCUCAUUUAAUUUAGGAGGGAAAAAUGAAUUUUUAUCUUGUCCAUUAAUUACUUAAAAAUAUGGCAUACUGUAUAUUGAUAGAAGAUUACAAAUUUGUGAAAGAAAAGCAGAUCCUCUUAUUCUGCUCUUUAAAAUGAAUAUUCUAACAGUGGAAAAAUGGUUGGUAGAAAGUUUGCCUCUCAAACAUAAAACGGUUGGAGGAGCCGUAUGGUGUUGUAGCACCUGCCAUGUAGAAAGACUCUUGUGUUCAGAGAGGGUAGAGAUGGGUAGCUCUCGAAAAAUCCAGCUUCUGAAAUGCUGGUCUCCAGCUGUUUAAAUCCUUGGUUCCUGGUAAACACUGUUCCUUAUCAAGAUGGAGCCACCCACGAGCUGUGUCCUGGGUACCCAGAGGUAGAGGGAGCUGGCGUGCUUCUCCUUGAGUGCUUACGGGGGUUCGCCCUGUGGGCCGUGGGUGGCAUUAGUGGUGAAGAGGAAGUAAGUUUACAUGUUAGCUUUUCUGCCGCCAACCACUUGGAAUAGUAAAGCCCUAACCUGCAGGAUGGAAAUUUUCCAGUGCCUAGAGUAUGGGAUUUUGCCUUUCAAAUCAAGGCAAGGAUAAGCUAGCACAGGUACAGAUUUUAAUGGGGCCUAAUUAAGAUUUCCUCCCAGAAGUAGCCACUUUUAAAAUGAAGGAUGCUAAUCUGGUCCAGCUCUGUACCAUUCGGGAAGUGGAAUAGAGACCACACAGGAGAAUCCAAGCCUGAGCAUCAUCUGCAAGGACCUACCUCAUUCUCCAAAAGAAGUUCCAGAUGAGGUUUCCAGGGCCCAGUGGCCUUGGACUUUGCACAGUUAGGUGCCACGUCCCCCUGCCAAAGAACUCCGGAGCAGGCUUGACAACUGUUACCCACAGGGGAAAUCGAAAAGACCCUUGAGCUGAGAAAGGUGUUCCCAUUUUUAAAGGGUCAUUAAAGAAAAAAAAUGAGGAAUAUGCAACAGAGACUACAUGGGGCCUGUAGAGCCUCAAGUGUUUAAGAGACGUUUGCUACGCUGCACAAAUGGUCCCAUUCAAAAAUGGAUACACAGGUGUUCCCGUUGUGGCUCAGCAAGUCAAGAACCCGACAUAGCAUCUCUCAGGAUGUAGAUUCGAUCCCUAGCCUUGCUCAGGUUAAGGAUCCAGUGUUGCCGUGAGCUGAGGCGUAGGUUGCAAAUGCAGCUCAGAUCUGGCAUGGCUGUGGCUGUGGCGUAGGCCAGCGGCUAUAGCUUUGAUUUGCCCCCUAGCCUGGAAACCUCCAUGUGCCACAGGUGUGGGCACACAGCAGCACCUCCUCCUAUAGGAAGACGGCUGCCACCCAUGAACACAGAAGGAGGCAAGAGAAGUGGUCAGUCUUCAGUCUCAAAAUGCUUGUUUAUGCACCCAAAUUUCACUUCUUUUAUCCUCUAGCUUUUUUUUUUUUAGGACCGCUUCCUGCGGCAUAUGGAGGUUCCCAGGCUAGGGGUCCAAACGGAGCUGUAGCCGCCAGCCUACGCCAGAGCCACAGCAACACAGGAUCCGAGCUGCAUUUGCGACCUACACCAUAGCUAAUGGUAACGCCGGAUCCUUAACCCACUGAGCAAGGCCAGGGAUCAAACCUGCAACCUCAUGGUUCCCAGUCAGAUUCGUUAACCACUGCGCCACGACGGGAACUCCUCCUCUAGCUUCUUUUCCAGAGAGAUUUAAUAGCAAACCAGGUAACAUACUCCUCAGCCCCCGCUCCAGUUUGAAAUGUGCUAUUCUGGAGGGCUCGCUGUCUGCAGUCUCAGGAGGCCUGGUGGUUUUUCAUCGCCCUGCACCGCAGGGGGAGAAGACAGCCAGGACUUUCUCUCCAGGUGCGGGCUAGGAUAGCCGGCAUGCAGGUGGGGAACUGACCUCAGGAAGCCAAGAAUUAACAUCAGGUAAGGGCUGGCCAAGAAGAUGCUACACUCUGAACACUUAGUGAUAGGACUCAAGAGAGAUUGGACUGGUGGGAACUUGCUAAAAGCCCCGCAAAGAAAAAACAGUCCAUGCUAAGUCUUGGUGAACAGACUCUACAGUGAACGCUUCUGUUGCACCGUCAUACCAUGUGCUGCUCCUUUGUAAACCUCCAGAGGCUGUUCUCAAAGGUUUUACAGUCUGUUUAAGGACACCACCUUAAAGGUACAAAGAGACUGAGUUGUACCAGUGGGUUUCACACAUUUUCACCCUAAAACUGCUGGCUUUCUCCAUCACUCCCAACCUCAGUGAACUGAGAGUCGCUGAGGCUCGGCCUGGCCACCCUGGGGGCUGGAAGUCCUCAUGCUUGCCACCCAUUGUCACACUUGCAAGCCCAGGUAGGCCAGCUCUAGAUUACCUGCUGUUGAAAUUUGAAACUCACUCCUAGUUAGGAUACUUUUCCUUCUAAGAAGCAUGCAACACUUAGCCAGAAACGCAAAAAGGCAUAUGUAUUUCCCAAGCUUUUAAAAAAAUCAGCUUUAGAAUUUUGUGUGGUAAUGUGCAGUGCAGCAAACCUACCUACAAGUAAAUUAUUGAGUUAUUUAUUUCUAUUUCAGGGUUUUGUUUUUUUAUGACUUUUAUUGAUUUUCCCUUUCAGUAAUGAAUGAUGUGACCAACCAAGGAGAAUUUUUUGUUCUGUUACUAAGAGUAUAUUUUACAAUUAGGAAUUAUGCAAACGGAGGGGUCAUCUUUAAAUGUUUUUUAUGUUUGUAAGUGGUGUUUUCCAUUCAAAGAAUAAUUAUCUUUGGGGGAUUAUUGUGGUGUCAUAUCACUUCCAAUAUUUUCCGUACUCCACACAGAUGGGUGUUGAGAAUCAAUAAAGUGAAAGUUCCUCUGA